CGUUUCUUCGCAGUCUUCUUCUCAAAGUGACGAGGGUCGCGACCAGGACGAAAGGACAUAGACUAGCCAUGAUUGCGAGACGAAGCGGCAGUGCGCUGCUUGGGCUUUCGUCUUCCUCCUCCUCUUCGGCAUCUUCGGCACCCUCCUCUUCUCGGCUCUUUGCAACGACGGUUCCCGUCGCGCAGGCGCCACGACCGCCGCGCCUGGUCCCCAAGUCGCACCACCUCGCCAAGACGCCGACGCCCGACAGCGUCUACACCCAAGUGCAGUCGUACCCCACACACCCCUUGCUUGGCUUUUUCGCCUUUGACUCGCGCAAAAUUACCCGGCGCAACGCCGAGGGCGUCGAGGAGGACGUCGACGUGAGCGUGCCCGUCGCGCUGAGCGAGCGGGACCUGGGCAAGGACGGCGUCAGCUCGCGCGCCUGGCUGGCGCCCGAGCUGCGCAAAAAGAGCAGCGUCGAGCUGCACCAGCUCUGGUAUGCGUGUCUCAAGGAGCGCAACAGGCUCACCAGCACCCGCGACGAGCUCCGGCGGAGUGGGGCUAGGGAGCUGGCACGGUACGCCAACCUGAACAUUUCCUUCAUUGACCGGAGGGUGCGAAAGACGAUGGCGAGGACAAAGUUUGUGCUCAACGAGAGGAGGCUGGCGCUGCUCGAGGCGCAGGAGAGGGCCCUGGAUGGCGUCGAGGUCGAGGAGGAAGGCGCAGACAUGCUCGAGGAGCCGUACGAGGAGGAGGGAGCAGCAGCAACAGCAGCAGCGCAAGAUCCAGCAUCGGCAAUGCUCGAGAGCGGUGGCAGCGCCACGGAGAAAGCGCAGCUGCGAUAAGAGAAGCUCCAAUUCUCUGUGUGUGUGUGUGACUACAAUACAAUAUACAUGCAUCCUUGCCCU